GAAAUCAACGAGGAGCAAUGCAGAAUGUGUAACAAAGCUGUGAUCAGUUGGGAGUCCUCCGGGAAGACAGACUCUGCUGAUAUGUAUGUUCUUCAGUAUCGCAAGCGUAGUAGAGAAGAGGAGAGUAUGAUGUGGCAGGAAGUUGAAGUUUACAACAAGAGCAAAGGCAUAUCUGAUCUUGAUGAUGACAGUAGCUACACCUUCAGAGUUCGAGGAUACAAAGGGUCCAUCUGUAGCUCAUGGAGCAAAGAAGUUAUUUUGCGUACACCUCCUGCUCCAGUUCUUAGCUUUCUUUUUGAUGACAAAUGUGGGUACAACAGUGAACGUCUCCUGCUGAACCCAGAAAGAACCUCUGUGGCAAGCAGCGCUGGGUUUCCUUUACUGCUAAGAGCUGAACGCAUGCAGUUUGGAUGCCACACAACCCUGAAUUACAUCAUUGGUGAUCCUGGUAUUGCCAAAGGGAAGCACUUCUGGGCUUUUCUUGUGGAAGCCCAUUCUUGCCUGGUAAAAGUGGGAGUUGUUUCUAGCACCAAGAUACAGAAAUUUUUCCACAAUACACAUGAUGUGACAAGCCCAAGGUAAAUUCCAAGCAUGUGCAUGAAACAUGUUUUGUACAAGAAGAUGGUUGGGUUUAUUUUAUUUUA